AAACCAAACAAAACUAACCUAUCCAAUUAUCCAACCCAAACAAUCCAACUAAAAAUCUACAUUAACCUUCUUCACCUCUUCCACGUGCGUUUCUUUUCUCGCUCGAUCUUUCCCUAUACUCGAGUCUAGUUGCACGUUAUCACCACAUAUGAUAUGAACCCAUUCCUUCCCACACAAAUCAAAAACCAAAUUCUUUAAUUUUGUUUGAAGGAAAUGAUGGGCUCGGAGAACGAGGGCUUCGAAGAAGCCCAUCUCUACGCUUCCAGAGAAGAAAUGGAAAAUCUCGUGCUCGACGACCCUUUGAAUAACAACGGCAACGGCAACGACGAUAACAAUAACAACAAUAACAACAGCAAUAGCAGCAUCAACGGCAAGUCGUAUUCCGCUUACCGCAGCGCCAUGUCGUCGCUCUCCGAUACGCACCACCCUCUCUCUUCGCCGAUCCUCGUUACUUCGGCGGAGUCCGAUCCCUUGCUAUCGCCUCCGCGGUUUCGCGAUCUCCGAAACCCUAACGCCCCCGAGAGCUCCUACAUCGAGCCGCCCGCUUACUCCGACGUGAUUUUCUGUCCCUUCGAAGGGGAUAAUGUCAGCGACGUCAACGGCGUGGAAAGCCCUAGCCGGAAUUCGGAUUUUUCCGGCAGGUAUUCGAGAUCGCCGUCUUCGUCGUCGUCGUCGUCGAGUUCGGAGUAUUUGAAAAUCACGGUGUCGAAUCCGCAGAAAGAGCAGGAGAAUUCGAAUUCGAUCGUGCCGGGCGGGAAUACGUACGUGACGUAUCUGAUCUCGACGAGAACGAACAUUUCGGAUUUCGGAGGAUCCGAAUUCGGCGUCCGGAGACGGUUUCGCGACGUGGUGACGUUGUCGGAUCGGUUAUCGGAGUCGUACCGAGGGCUGUUCAUACCGCCCCGGCCGGACAAGAGUGUGGUGGAGAGCCAGGUGAUGCAGAAACAGGAAUUCGUGGAGCAGAGGAGGGUGGCAUUGGAGAAGUACCUCCGGAGACUCGCGGCGCAUCCGAUGAUCAGGAGAAGCGAUGAGCUGAAGGUGUUUUUACAGGUUCAGGGGAAGCUGCCAUUGCCGACGACGACUGAUGUGGCUUCGAGGAUGCUCGAUGGGGCGGUGAAGCUGCCGAAGCAGUUGAUGGGGGAGAGCACCGUAUUGGCGCCGCACGAGGUGGUGCAGCCGGCUAAAGGAGGGAGGGACUUGUUGAGGUUGUUCAAGGAGUUGAAGCAAUCCAUGGCCAAUGAUUGGAUUGGCUCGAAACCAGCUGUGGUAGAGGAAGACAAGGAGUUCUUGGAAAAGAAAGAGAGAGUGAAUGAUCUGGAGCUACAACUCAGCAAUGCUUCACAGCAGGCUGAAGCACUUGUCAAGGCUCAGCAAGAUAUGGGAGAGACACUGGGUGAAUUGGGGUUAGCAUUUAUUAAGCUGACGAAAUUUGAGAAUGAGGAGGCAGUGUUCAACUCUCAAAGAGUGCGGGCCGCUGACAUGAAAGGUUUCGCAACUGCUGCUGUCAAAGCAAGCAGAUUCUACCGGGAGUUAAAUGCUCAGACUGUCAAGCAUUUGGAUAUGCUUCACGAAUAUCUAGGAUUAAUGUUAGCUGUCCACAAUGCAUUCACAGAUAGGUCAAGUGCGUUACUCACGGUGCAGACUCUUCUAUCAGAUUUAUCUUCAUUGGAAUCAAAGGCUGAAAAACUUGAAGCUGCAUCAUCUAAGAUAUUUGGUGGUGACAAAUCAAGGGUUCGGAAGAUAGAUGAGUUAAAGGAUACAAUAAGAGUCACUGAGGAUGCUAAAAACGUUGCAAUUAGAGAAUAUGAGCGGAUCAAGGAAAACAACAGGACUGAACUUGAAAGGCUUGACAGAGAGAGAAAGGCUGACUUCUUGACUAUGUUGAAGGGGUUUGUGCUCAAUCAGGUUGGAUAUGCUGAGAAAAUUUCCAACGUGUGGGCAAAGGUUGCGGAGGAGACUAGUCGGUAUGAAAAGGAGAGCUCUUGAGCUGCGUGGCUGUAAAUUCAAAUCUUCAGUUUUUUUUUGGUUCUCUUUUCUUUAUAUUUAUUGAUGUCCAAUUUCAGGAAAUAGCAUUACAUUCAGAGCAAUAAAGAAAAAGGAGCAUUUGGUAGGUUAAAAAAUUUGAUUUCCCUCAAGUUGAAGUUGUAACUGUUUUAGAGAGGUUGUAAACACGCCUUGAAACUUUAGAUUUCGCGUUGUAAAUUGCUUGUUACCUCCUUUUUUUUUUUUUUUUUUUUUUUUUUGAGAAACAAUUGCUUGUUACCUAUGUUAAGGUAACUCUUUUGAGUUGAUGAUAUUGCAUAUUGGGAUCACAUUGCGACCAUUAAUCAUGAUAGCCUUUUUUGGGUGGCUACUCUCCCCUUCUCUCUC